UGCGACGAGAACAUCCCGAAAUCAAACGGAGCUCAGGGAAACGGGGAAGAGGCGGAUCUUGCCGCAGAGAGGGCUAAAGAAGGCAAACAAGCCUCCGAACAAGCCGAAAAACUCAUCAAACCACUUCGUAAAAAACAACAUGAAAUUUUGAUGGUUUUGCCUUUAAGAGAAAGAGUUCGACUGGCUAGGAGGUUUGAUUUACGUCAUCGAUUCGACUUUGCCAUCCAACAGGAACUCGCGCUAUAA